AUGGCCGUGACUCUCUCUCUUUUCCUUUUAUCCUUCCAUUCCUCUCUCUCUCUCUCUCUUUCCUUUCAUAGCGUGACUCUCUUCUCUCUCUUUUCCUUUCAUAGCGUGACUCUUUCUCUCUCUUUUCCUUUCAUAGCUGUGACUCUCUCUUUUCCUUUUCCUUUCUGCUUUCUCUCUUCUUUUCCUUUCUUUAGCCUUACUCUCUUUCCUUAUAUAUAUAUAUGGCUCUCUAUAUUUUUUCCUAAACAAAUAUCACUCUCUGAAAUAAAAUUCCAUAGCGUGACUCUCUCUCUCUCUUUCCCCUUCCAUAGCGUGACUCUCUCUCUCUCUUUUCCUUAUAUAUGUUUAUUUUCUCUCUCUUUCUUUCAUAGCCAUGACUCUCUCUCUUUUCCCUCUCUCUCUCUUUUCCUGUAUACUAGCUCUCUCUCUCUCUUUCCUUUCAUAGCCGUGACUCUCUCACUUUUCCUUUCCGAUCGUGACUCUCUCUCUUUUCCUUUCAUAACUCUCUCUCUUUUCCUUUCUCUCCAUUCCUUUUUCCUUUCAUACGUGACUCUCUCUCUGUUUCCUUCCAUAGCCGUGAAUGCUCUCUCUCUUUCCUUUCAUAGCUUGUCUCUCUCUCUUUUUCCUUUCAUUUCUCUCUCUCUAUUUCCUUUCUUUCUCUCUCUCUCUUUCCUUUCAUUCUGUGACUCUCUCUCUUUUCCUUUCAUAGCUGUUGACUCUUCUCUCUUUUCCUUCCAUAGUGUCCUCUCUCUCUUCCUUUCUCUUAGCCGUCUCUCUCUCUCUCUUUUCCUUUCCUCUCUUCUCUUCUCUUUUCCCUUUCAUAGCUGCUCUCUCUCUUUUCUUUCUAUCUCUCUCUUUUCCUUUCAUAUAUCAGCUCUCUCUCUUUUCCUUUCAUUAUUCACCUCUUUCUCUUUUCCUUUCAUGAUCUCUCUCUCUUUUCCUUUCAUAUCUAUCUCUCUCUCUCUCUUUUCCUUUCUCUUCUCUCUCUUUUAUUUUUCCAAUCUCUCUCUCUCUCUCGUGACUCUCUCUCUCUCUCUUUCCUUUCUUAGCUCUCUCUCUCUCUCUUUUCCUUUCUCUCUCUCUCUCUCUUUUCCUUCUAUCUAUCUCUCUCUCUUUUCCUUUCAUAUCUAUCUCUCUCUCUCUCUAUUUUUCUUUCUAUCUAUCUCUCUCAACUUUUCCUUUCAUAGUCUUUCUCUCUCUCUCCCUUUCAUCAGGUGA